GAAGAGAGAGAUUUCAGUUUGAAGAACUACAAUUUCGUGAAACAAAAUCUAAGUCGAAGAGAGAGAGAGAGAGAUAGAGAGAAAAAGAGAGAAUCACGAAGGUAGAGUGUUUAUCAAUCAUUUUCGAAGUUUAAGAGAGAGAAAGCUAUACUUUUAUCGCUCCUUUUGCUACAGUUUAUGAUUUGUGAAGAGAUUAGUACAUUUAUAUUUCUUGAUUACAAACAGUUAUAGAGUUGGUUGGUUUUUUUGUCUUUGUAACUUUUUAGGGUUUUUUUUUUUGUUCUGAAAAAUGGCGAGCACGGGUCCAAACGAUGACGUUGUUUCCAUGGAACUCCCCGCACCUUCGGGCUGGAAGAAAACGUUUUCACUAACAAAAGGAGGGACACCAAACAAGAAUGCAGUUGUGUUCACUUCACCAACAGGGGAAGAGAUCAAGAACACAAAGCAACUGAAACAGUACCUGAAAUCACACCCUGGUGGGCCCAAGAUUUCUGAGUUUGAUUGGAGAAGUGGUGAGACUCCAAGAAGGUCUUCAAGAAUCAGUGAGAAAGAAAAGUCAACUCCACCACCAGAUCCUGAACCGGUCAAUAAACGCCCCAGAAAGUCAACAUCUUCCAAGAAAGGCAAGAAAGAAGAAGGAGAACAAGAUGUUGAAAUGAAGGAUUCUGAAAAGGUUGAGAAAGAUGAUGGGAAAAUUGAAAUUCCAGAAAUGCCCAUGUCGGAUGAAGUGGCUGAGCCUGUAAAAGAUGUCGAUAUGAAGGGAGAAGAAGAUGAGAAACCAAAAGAAGAGGGCGAUGGGAAGUGUGAAAUACCAGAAAUGCCCCUGUCAGAGGAAGUGGCAGUUGAGACUGUAAAGGCGGUGGAUGAAGAAAUGUGUGAAAUACCAAAACUGCCCUUGGAGGAAGUAACUAAGACGGAAGAACAGGAGGAGUCGAAAGCUGCAGAAACCAAGAAUUUGGAAGGUGAGUCGGUCAAAGAGGUCAAUGAGGAAGUUUGUGAAAUACCAAAAUUGCCCUCGGAGGAAGUAAUCAAACCGGAUGAGUCUGUCCAAGAGGUCAAUGAGGAAGUUUGUGAAAUACCAAAAUUGCCCUCGGAGGAAGUAAUCAAACCGGAUGAGUCUGUCCAAGAGGUCAAUGAGGAAGUUUGUGAAAUACCAAAAUUGCCCUCGGAGGAAGUAAUCAAACCGCAUGAGUCGGUCAAAGAGGUCAAUGAGGAAAUUUCUGAAAUACCAAACUUGCCCUCGGAGGAAGUAAUCAAACCGGAUGAGUUGAAAGCUGCAGAAACCAAGAACGGGGAAACUGAGCCUGUAAAAGAGGUUGUGGAAGAAGUGUCUGAAAUACCCAAAUUGCCCUCGGAGGAAGUAACCAAACAAGAAGAUGUCAACGAGAGCAAAAACCCGGAAAUCCCCCUGGUGGACGAGCCUGCAAAAGAGGUCAAUGAAGAAGCACUUGAAAACCCCAAAACGCCCCCGCCGGAGAACGCAACCAAGCCCGCCAAUGAAGAACCAGAACCGGUGGUCAAAGAUGCUGUUCCGGCGACUAAAGUGGAAGCAGGCGGCGGUGGUGGUGCUGCAGCAGAGAAUGGUUGUCCGGUGGCGGAGGAGAAGCCUUCAUGGGAGGAGAUAAAGAUAGAGUGACCGGUGAUUGUGGUGGCGGCGGCGGCGGUGGUGGUGGUGCCGCCUGCUCUCUAAGUUAGUGUUGUUUGUUUAUCAUCUUUCUUUUGGUGAAAAUCUUAUUGCUGACAGAGACAUUUCUGUAAUCUGUAUUCUGUGAUAGGAUUUAUUAAUUAGGAGUCAUGAAAAACUUUAACUUUAGCAACAUCAAAGGGACACAAGUGAAGUGACAUUUGUUGGGGGUAAAUCCGUCAACAAAGUAGUCAUUUAGUAUGGUUUGUUGUGGCCUUUGUUGUGUGUCUAUAGGCUUAUAUUAUUCUAGGUUACAGAGGUCAUGUUAAUGCCUGUAUCAUCGUUAUGUAAUAGGCAAACUCUUUUAUGAGCUUUUAACUUUUGCA